GUAUUUCUUCUCAACGAAUAUAUUUACAUUAGGAUUUUGUUGUUGUUGUGUUAAAUAUAUAUAUUAUUUUAAAUAUGUAUAAUGUGUUGCUGCUACUAACAAACUGCUUAAAUUAAUAUAAAUAGAAAAUAUUUUUAAGAAAAAAAAACUAAAAAGAACAAGAGCAAAGAAAAUCAAACGGCAGUAUGUAGUGAAAUAAACUUAAUAUAAACUAAACAGUACUUACAAAAGAAAAUAAAUAAAAUAAUAACAACAAUAAUACCAACAUUACCACCAACACCAAACUCCUCCUGCUCUGCUCCUUUAACUUAAAUUCAACAAUAACCUCAACGUCAUCAUCAUUAACAUCAACUACAACAUUAUUUCAGUUCUUCUUUCUAUUUUUUUUUUGUUUGAAAAAAGUGUAACAAAAAGCAAAAAAAAAAAAAAAUUUAAAAAACGUUAAAUUUAAAAGAAAAAUAAUAAAAAAACAAAGUAAAAAAGUAAAGUGGAAAAAAGUUUAAAAAAUUGUAAUAGAAAAACGGUUAAAAUAACAUCAAAGCGUGCACGUGAUGUUUUUUCUAGACAAAAAUUACCCAUGUUAAAGGGCAAUUGGCAAGUGUAGAGUAGAAAAGACUAAAACGUUAAUAGUCACCAUUUUGUAACGGUAAAUGUAUAACAACACUACAUGGAACAAUAACAACAAACGGCACCUUGUUAAUUUAAUUCUCUACUACUACUACUACAACUAAAAACAAACCUCGUUUAAACUCCUGCAUACAUCGUUGUGUUGUUUGUAGUUGUUGAGUGUGUGUGUUGUGCACGUUGCUCGGCCCCCAGAAAUACAUACAUACACACAUCACAAAUAAACUUAUUUGCCAACACACCUUGUUGGACGUAAGUUGGCGAAAUAAACAAUAAAAGCAAAUUAACAAAAUAACAACACAACUUAAAACAACGUGAAAAUCCUGCAACGUAACUUGCAACAAUAUAAUCAUUACACUAAAAGAAACCCAACAACAUGGCCGUCAGUAAUAUUGUUUGCGAAUGGUUGCGUGCUCUUGGUUUAGCUCAGUAUGCCGAAAGUUUCCUGGAUAAUGGUUAUGAUGAUUUGGAAAUUUGCAAACAAGUUGGUGAUCCAGAUUUAGAUGCCAUCGGUGUUGAAAAUCCCUCACAUCGUCACAAGCUGCUGAAAAGUAUACGACAGCUACGUGAAAAGGGUGCUGCCUCCGUCUAUUUCAUGUUAAAUGAUCCCAAUUCGUUGGCAGGCAGUACGGAAAUUUUGUGUGAAACACCGCCACCUAGUGAAUUGGAUAUGGUCAUUAGGGAGCAGCUAGAAACGGAUGGUGUACGUUUAACUGCACAUCCUUAUUCCACACCGGAUGGACAACGUGGUCAUUUAGAAGGUCUAGCAUCCGUUUAUUGUGAAUUGUUAAUGGCUCCCUUUGGAGAUAUUUUAAGUGCUUUAGAAAAUGCUAGACAAGCAGCCUGGGCUGAACGUAGCCCUAUGAAUCCCGCCGGUGGCAGUGGCAGCAGCGGUAGUGGCAGUGGUGUCAGUGGCAUUGCUACACAACGACUACACGGUCAUCGUGGCAGUUCCACACAUGGCGGCCAUUUGCCCAAUAGUCAUAGUCAACCCAUAUAUGUGCCAGGAAAAUAUUCGCCCUCAAGUUGCCUGUCGGACAAGGAAGAAGAUGAAAUUUAUGGUUUCGGUUAUGGUGUUUUUGCACCACGCGUUGCUCGUGGUGCUCUAACGCAACAGCAACAUUUUAUCCAGCAACAAACGCUGCAUCAGGCACAGCUCGCCCAACAACAACAGCAGCAACAGCAACAAAUAUCUAUGAUGCAGGGUGCUGUCUCACAUCAUCAGCUGCAACAGCAACAACAACCGCUGCCAACACACCCACAAGGUUUACAAUCUAUCCCGCCCAAUGCUGCCCAUCAUUUGAAUUUUGUGCAACAAAAUUGUUUAAGUCCACGUUCCGCCUAUUUUUAUGAAUUUCCUCCCACAACGGAGGGUCGGGAAACUAAAAAACGCACAACUUUAGCUCGUUUAUUAAAAGGUUUGAAGACAGUAAAUCGAAGAGAUCGUACACAGCAACAACAAACAACAGCCCAAGCACAAGUGAGAGCGGCAAAUGAACGUUUACGACAUUUUCAAACAUUAAAUGGUGGUCAUCAGCACAGUUUCGAAGAGACUAUUCACCGGUUAAAAGUACAAGAAGCAAUGCGUAAAAAGGAAAAAUUUCAAAGGGAACAUGAAGAGAUCCUGCGUGACAUACGACAGGGCUUAUUGCAAAUGAGCAGAGAGGGCAAAAUUGAUGACACUUAUAUGUAUGAUGAUGCAUUACGUGGUCCCCAUUAUGCUGUUAGUGGCAUUCACCCGCAAGGACACUGGUACGAUGAGCCACCAUAUGAAAGUGAUCCCGAUGAUUUUCUCAUGGCGGGUAUUAAUUGUGGUCCAGCAGCAACAAUACAGGGCGGCCGUGUACGUUUCACCUCCAAUCGUGAUAGUACUGGUGUCAUUUCAUUACGAUCUGCCGGAGAUAUAUCGCUACCACAUCGAGGACCACCGAGAAGAGGACUUAUCGUACCUCAACAACCACCAAAUCCACCGACAAUAAUUCCUUUAACCCAUGCAAGAUCCCAUGACAGAGAAAGUGGAGAUUAUGCUGGCUCUAUAUCAGAUUUACAAAGUGUUACAUCCCGCCUUAGUACAGUAUCGAUUGCCACCAAUAAUUGCACGGCACGUUAUCGUACUCUAAGUGGAGGCAUUGGAGAAUCACCCUCAUUGUCACCCAGUCCCUCAUCGGAUUAUGAAGAUAUAGGAGCUACACGUGCAUUACCACCCAGUCUGGCGGCCAAAGUUAAAAAGAAUGGAGCCGUAGCGACAAAAUCAAAUACUAUGAGCCAAAAGGCCACUGUACAUCAUACUAACGAAAUGCGAAACUCACCAAAGGAAAUUGGCACAUUUAAUGAGAAUGGCGUGCGAAACUUUGUUGCCACAAAGGAUACUUCAAGGGAUUUUAGCAAUUCUCAAGAUAAUACAGAUCGAGGAAGUAUGAGUGAUCAAGCCUUUGCUUGUUCAGCAAGUUCGGUCGAAAGUUUACCCAGUGCUUCCGGUUCAAGCACUCAAGCUUUAGUACGUCCAGGCAGUCCACAAAGUUCCAUAUCUACAGAUGAUCGUACCUCGUUAGCACCAUCAAUAUGUAAAGCGAAAGCACUUGUCGACAGUAUGGCAAAUCCUUAUGAUAAGGAUGCACUUAAAUUUAAGAAAGGUGACAUAAUCGACGUGUUGUCAAUGAACGCUUCUGGCAUUUGGAAGGGUCGUUGUCAUGGCCGUUUAGGUCACUUUAAGUUUAUCAAUGUUGAAGUGCUGCCAGAUCAACGUUUAAAACAUUCGCAUAGUAAAAAUUUAGCCGGCUUAACGGGUAAAGGUAUGAGUGGUGCUCAUACAACGGGAGGACGUCAUCUCAAUCAUAAUAAUGGUCCUCAUUCUGUGGAGGAUUUAUUAAUGCGUAUUGGUUUAAAGGAAUACACAUCCGUAUUUGUUUUAAAUGGCUACGAAGACCUGGAACUUUUUAAAGAGCUUGAACCUGCUGAUUUAGAUUAUUUGGGUAUAGUUAAUCCAGACCAUCGUGCCAAAUUGUUAACAGCUGUGCAGCUUUUACAUGAUAUGGAUUGCACUUCCAGCUUCCCACAAACCGGCUCCGAUGUUGAUAUUGCCGGUUCGAGUUCGGAAAACGAUGAGGCUCGAUUAAAUAAUAUCAACAAGAAGCAUGGAGCUUCACCCUUCGGACGAAGACACUUUCCCCGAGAUUCUGGCUGUUAUGAAGGAUCCCCGGUGCCCACCUCUCAAACACCCACACAAACCUUAACCUCCACCGAUGACAACAACAGUCUUGAUGAUGUGGUAACAAAAUGUUCGAGUGAAAUAAUGAAAAGAGUCGAAAGUGCUCGAAGAAUGAAAGAUAAUCCAUUUAAAACCAAUACCGCUUUAACCGGAAGAGUAGGCAAAAAAGGACUUUUGGGCACAGGUCUAUUACCCGACGAUACUUUGACACGUGGAGGUGGACUUAGUGAGAAGUCCAGUGAUUCCGGUGUUAGUAGUAGUUCGUUGUCUUCGGGUCCCAUGAAAAAUAGCACUUAA